AUGAAGGAUCUGUUCACCUCCCAGAAGCAAGCCUGCUGGCAGGAGCACAUCCGCAAGGAGACUGCCGCUCGGGUGGCCUGGAACCUCAGCUAUGGCCACAAGCACCCAAAGGAGGGAGCCUUGCCCAGGAAGCGGCCUCAGAAGGCCCCCUUCCGGUCGGCCUUGGGAGCGGGGCCAUCGCAGGCCACCAGCGCCCCUGACAGCAAGGAGGUACCUGCUGGACGGCCAGAGACCAGGGGGCUCCAGGGUCAGCUGUCCAGGGGAGUGGGUGUCCACGGCCCUGCGCCCAAGGUAGACAGAGGCUGGCAGGCCCAAAAAGCAACUCGGGGGCCUGCAGAUCAGACCAAACCCGUGGGCUCAGGGAUGAGGCAGGUCUCCCCAAGCACCCUGCAGCUGCUCUUCCAAGGCGUCUCCUACGACGGCCAAGGCCGGGCCUCGUACCUCCGGGAGCGGUAUCGGCAGAAGCCCGAGGAGAAGUUUCUGUACCCGAUAGUGUCAUCCUGGGAGUACGGCUGGCACAUGGGGGAAGCCAUGAAGGACACCAGGCCUCCAACUUAUGCCAGGUUCCAGCCCAUCACAAAGAGCUUUUACAUCAAAAGUAACAUCUUCCAUGUCUCACCGCGAACAGACCAGCUGCUGUGAAUGAGCUGGGGGUUCAGAAGCUGCUCCUGCCUUUUCCGGUGGUCCACGUGGACCCUGCAGGGCAGAGACUGCCAGCCCCACCCACCCCUCUCUGUUCUAUCCAGCCCUGCCUCUGCCAAGCAGGGGAGGGGCACAGGUCUACUCUAAGGUGGGAUUCGGGGGGGCCCCACCUGCUGCGACCUGUCUGCCCUCAGAGACCCUAGCUAUUUGCAGAGCUCCCCACCCCCACCAUCACCAUUGCCAGCCAAGCCACUCCCGGGAGGGAAACAAUGGAACUUGUAAGUGUUUCAGCAGCAGACCUGGGGCAGGGGAGGGGGCUCUUUCAGUUCUCAAGGUGCUAAGUGGAGCCGGGUAUGGGGGGGGGGGGGGGGCACCUCCCUGGCCAUACUCUACAUUCUGUUGAAGGGACCCGGAGCAGAACUGCUGAGUCCCAGGGGAGCCCACAGUUUAGGGAGGAAGCCGUUUCCCUGUUUACCUUCUGCACACACCGCCCUCCCCCCACCCCACCCCGAGAACCUGUAAGGGUCAGGGUUGCCUCAUUGCUAUAACAAACGGCCCUGAAUCCCAGCUGCUCAAACUUAUUGACAAAAUAAAGAUAUAUUUCUUACAGCACAGUGCAAUCUGAGGUUCAGCGGGUCACCCACCACAAGGUGAUCUGGGGACCCAGGCUUCCCCCAUCUAUCUGGUGGCUCUGCCAUCUCCGAGGGCCUCGGAGUCCUCGCCUGAAUCCCUUAAACCCAACUGGGGGAUGAGGGAAGACAGACUGAAGGACAGGAGAGGACACGCCCACUCUUGACUACCCUGGCCCGGAGCUGACCAACACGGCCACGUUCUAUCAGUGAAAACAAAUCACAUGACUUGUAGAGAAGGCUGGGAGUGUUGCGUGACCAGGAGAAGAGAAGAAAGGGCCCCCAAACAUGUAGCCCAUCUCUGCCAGAUCCCAGAGGGCCCUGCGGCUGCUCUGGGGGUGUAUUUGAGUUCCGCUACUGCUGAGUAUGGAGCCCGCG